GUCUUCCUGCUUUCCAUCCUCUCUUACAGAAUUUUAGAAAAGUUCCUACGGUCAAUACAGCUUUGGAAGAAUGGAUUAAUUUCCUGUCUUCACUUGCUGAAACCUUAUUUUGAGGAACCACAUUAAUUUUCUUUUGGAAUAAAGGGUGAGCUGUGUUACCUCUUGGCAGAAUCACAUUUUACCUACAUGACAAAAUGAAGGUUUGUGUGGUGAUUAUGCUUUGCCACCUGGGAUUCUGUUAUUUUCAGGUUUCUGCACAAAGUUCAUCAUUAGCAUAUUAUGCAGAGCUCAUCAUGGAAGGAGAAGCAGCCUCAAAUAUCACGGCUUUCCUAGCAUCACUUUCGGAUGGUUUUCCAAUCAACUUAACGGAUAUCUCUAUAAUUUCUCUUAAUGUUACAACAGAAUGUGACAUCAAUGGAGAAACAGCAAACUGUAGCUGUAAUAACAAUUUCAUUUGGAGUGGUUCUGUAUGUGAUACUAACCCUGAGUGUUGCAACAAUGACUACUGCAUUGUGGCAGCACAAAACUCAACGCCAAUGUGUGUGCCUAUGAAGAGGGUCAUUGUAAGUGGGCAGAUGACAUUAAAUAAAACCUAUAUUAGUGACCUACAAAAUAAAACUUCUUACAUCUAUAUCAAUAUGUCUGCAAGCAUUUCUGCAUUGCUGAAAGAAGCUUACAGCACACUGAGUGGCUUUGACACUUUGAAAAUAAUUGGUUUCAGACAAGGAAGCAUCAUUGUUGAUUUUGAAGUGUAUUUUAAUGCACCUCUUACAACAGAGCAGCUUGCAAACAAGACAGAAAAUCUGCAAAACACUCUAAAUGCCACUUUUAUCCUUCAAACAACAGGAAUUGUGACUAUUAAUGCACCACAAAGUCGUGUAAAGUAUAUGUCACAACAAAAUCUGAACUGUGCAAUUAGUGAGAAUAUGAAUCAGGCAUCUUGGUCCUUGAAAAAAGAAAACAAGGACCUAAUUGAUGUUGUAGAUGGGACUGAAAGCAAAAUAACAUUUGGAGAAAACUGUCUGUCCCUUAGCCUAAGUAAUGUAACAGAAUUCUGGAAAGGAACCUACUUCUGCAACUUUACAAAAGGAAAUAUUAUCAACACAGCCAGUGCAAACCUUGAUGUAGCACUAUUGCCAGCUGCAAUUGAAACAGAAGUAGAACCACAGAAUCCAGAUUGCUCUCUAUCAGGCGGGGUAUCUAUUAAAGUGAGAUGCAAUAUCCAAAAUAGCUCAGAGAAUUACACAGUUUUAUUUUAUGACCUCCACGGUGUUAUUCUUAAAAAUAAUCAAAAAACAUCUGAAGAUAUAAUCACCUAUGAAACAGAAAUUAAUGAUGUUUGCCAAAAUAAUACCAAGUUAGAUAAAAAUGUUACGUGUUCAUUUCAAAACAAUCUGUUUCAGAGCAAAAACCUAACUAUAAUAAUCCCUGUGAUGUAUGAUGGCACACAAAAUUGCUCAGCAGAUGAGGGUUGGCCAAAGACUAAGGCGAACUUUAUAUCAACACUACAAUGUACUGGAGACAAAAAAGGAAACAGACAAAGAAAAUGUACAGCUCCCAACAUUUGGAAGGAGGAAGUGAAAAACUGUGUUAAUCCAGCAUUGUCCAACAUGCUUCAGAUUGCAUUGAAUCUACUAAAGGGACAGGGAGCAAUUGCAAAUAUUGCGGAAACACUGUUUGAUCGCCUAAAAAAUACUACUGCGAACACAACAUCUAUUGACUCAUAUGCAGACCUAAAAACUUCAGUGGAUAUUCUUAAUACUAUAUACAAGGUUUCUAACAACACAAAUUCUACAUUUGAGGAGCACCUUUUAUUUAACAUGCUAACUUCGGCAAGCAAUAUGUUGAACGAAAAUCUAACAAAUUCCUGGAACCAGACAGAGAAAGUGUAUGAACCUGAAUUGGUAUCUGCUGUAUACCUCAACUCUGUUGAAAAGCUCAUAGAGAAUACAAAACUGCAGAAUACCUCAUUGAACAUUAAUUCUUCAAAUAUUGAGUUUAAAGGAUGUGUUGUCAAAGAAAACCCUAAUUGCAUUAAAAAUUUAAGCCUUUUCAAUAACAUGGUAAGCAUGAAUGGUAUCGAAGAUGGAGUUCUGAAAACAAUGGUUUUUAAGACAAUCGGUAAACUUCUGCCAAACAACAUCUCAGAUACUGAUGUAGUCAGUUCUGUUCAAUCAAUCACGCUUAUAAAUUCAACAAACAACAACGGUAACAUCAGAAUGAUAUUCAGCAUGUCCAAAGAAAGAGCUCUAAAUUACGAGAUCAAAUGUGUUUUUUGGGACUUCAGUACUAAUAAAUGGUCGGAAGCAGGCUGUCAGUGGAUCAAAAAAGAUUCUACAAAUUUUUCCACCUGUGAUUGUAACCAUUUGACUUCCUUCUCCGUGCUGAUGUCAAAAUUCCCUAUAUCACUGCCUUUCGGGGAUGAAUUAACGUACGUUGGUAUGGGAGUUUCCAUAUGUUCUCUGCUCCUCUGUAUUGUAAUAGAAUUCCUAGUGUGGAACACUGUGGUUAAAUCAAACAUUUCUCAUUUUCGUCAUACAGCCCUUGUUAACAUUUCUUUAAAUUUGCUAAUUGCAGACUGCAGCUUUCUGGGUUCUUCCUUUCCUGAGAAGCUUAGCCCAACAUUGUGUUUAGGCCUUACGAUUGUAAAACAUUUCUGUUAUUUAGCCAUGUUUUUUUGGAUGCUGUGUUUAAGCACUAUGCUUCUCCACCAACUUGUUUUCAUCUUCCACCAGAUGAGAAAGAAAGUCUACUUGUCUUUUUCAUUUAUUGUUGGCUACAUUUGUCCUUCAAUCAUUGUAGCCGCCACAUACGUUUACUUUGGAUCAGCGUACCACAAUCCAGAAACUUGCUGGUUAAUUUACAGUCAAGCUCUUCAUGGGUCCAUAUUUUCUUUUGUGUUUCCUGUUUUAACCAUUGUUAUAAUUAAUUUCUUUGCCAUGGCUGUGGUCAUUACCAAGUUAUUGAGACCUUCAGUUUCAGAAGGCACUAAAAUGGAUGAAAAAGAGACUCUCAAGAGUAUUCUUAAGGCAGUGAUCUUUUUGACACCUGUUUUUGGAGUAACGUGGAUUCUUGGAUUUUUAAUUUUUACACUGGAUUUAAAUGAUGGACUAUAUGUUAAACUAAUUCAUUACGCUUUUAUUAUAUUGAACUCUUUCCAGGGUCUGUUUAUUUUGAUUACUGGAUGUCUUACGGAAAAAAAGGUGCGAGAAGCCCUUUUGAAAUACGUCAAUUCUGUGUAUGCUCAACCAUCCAAAACUGAAAGCUCUUCAAAAGCUCAAUCCUCUUUUGUAAAGAAAUGAUGUUUCAGCUCUCAGCAAGAGACUUCAAAUUGGAAUGAAGAGCAACAAUACAAACCAAUGGAAUACCUUCUUAUGUAUACAUAUGUAAAUAUUGUAUUAAUUGCAUUAAUUAAGAAUCCCUCAUCUCAAUUUUUUUAACUGUGCAGAAAACAUGCUAUUUCCAAAAAGUCUUUGUAAGUUUUCAGAACAUGUUUUCAAUGUGUUAUUAUAUUAAAGCAUCUGGAGUUGCUGAAAAGUCAUUAUCUGCUUGUUUGAGGUUUCCAACCUUUUCAACAAAGCAAGGAAAGUAUGAAAGAAAUUCAACAGAGGAAUGGAACAAAAAUACUUUAAAAGUUAGAUAAACUUCAAAGUACAGGGUAUAUUAAUACUCAACCAAAGAUUUUCAGAAGAGAUUUACACUGUAAAUCACAACCUGAAAAGGCUAUCCUCUCUCUGGAAUAAAUCUUUUCUUUUUGUAGCCUAUGCAUUCUGAUGCAGGUUCCUACUUGAGUUUCUCAUAAUUAUCUUGGUUAAGUCCACCUCCAGUAUGAGAUGUACAGUAAAUAAGAUGUGCUCAAUCUGUUUCAUCCACAUAUUGUUUAAUUUGUAGAGGCUUAAAUUUGAAUAGCCUUGUUAAAAUUUAAGUUGCCUAGGAAUUUGAUGUAAUGAGAACAUUGUUUUCUUUAAUUGGUAACUAACAUCUGUUUAAUGCAUACUUGCGUUAAAAAGAUGCAAAUGUUUUCAAAACAAUUUCAAAAGAAAUGGCAUUUAAAUUAUAACUGUUUAGCCAUUAUCUUUGCAAUGGAGAAGAGUCAUAUUUAUAUUAAUAAGCAAGUUAAUUAGUCAAAUUUAUCAUGUAAUUUGUAUCAAAGUACACUAAAAAAAGAAAGAGUAAACCAAUUGAACCAGUUAAUUGAACAGAUUGCAUCCUCCAUUAAAGCAAUGGGUGUCACAUUUGCAUCAAACUUGGAGUUCAAAUUAUUAUUUUUUCUUUUAGUUUAAACAAAGAGGAAAAUAUAGAUCAGGCAUUUUUACUGUGCUGCUUCUACUGUUAUAUUGUACUAAAUUGAAAUCCAUGUACUGUUAAAAGAGACAAAAAAGGAUGCAUCUUCUAUAAUGUAUGGACCUACUGUAUAAUAUAUAUUUUAUUCUGAUACAGCA